AUGGAGAAACCACCUGGUUUUGUGGAUUCUAAAUAUCCGAACUAUGUUUGUAAGUUAUUCAAGGCCCUCUAUGGUCUUAAACAGGCUCCGCGUGCUUGGUUCCAAUGUUUAAGCACGUUUCUUAUCUCUUAUGGUUUCUCUUGCAGUCGUGCGGACACAUCUCUCUUUGUUUUCCGCAAAGAGUCUCACAUUAUGUAUUUGCUCGUCUAUGUUGACGAUCUUAUACUUACGGGAAAUAAUGACACUGCCAUCACUACCUUUAUUUCUCGUCUUCAUCAUGAGUUUGCCAUCAAAGACCUUGGGGAUCUUAAUUACUUUCUGGGUCUCGAAGUUCUCUAUACUCACACUGGUCUUUUUCUAACUCAAGCAAAGUAUGCGGCUGAUAUUCUUCUUCGAGCACAGUUACUUGAAGCUAAACCAGUCAGCACUCCCCUUGCUCUGCAUGAGUCGUUUUCAGCAAAUGGUGUUCCUUAUUCGGAUCCUACUCUUUAUCGUUCCUUGCUUGGUGCUUUGCAGUAUUUGACUAUUACUAGGCCAGAUAUAUCUUAUGCUGUAAAUCAGCUCUCACAGUUUCUUCAACAUCCGACUAUUGAUCACUUUCGGGCAGUCAAACGUCUUUUACGAUAUGUCAAAGGUACUAUAUCCUUUGGCUUGACCUACAAUCGUCCUCAUUCGCCCUCUAUCAUUGGGUACUUUGAUGCUGAUUGGGUUCGUUGUCUUGAUACACGUCGCUCCACAUAUGGCUACUCUAUUUUUCUUGGUGGAAAUCUAGUCUCUUGGAGUGCUAAGAAGCAGCCUACUGUAUCCCGAUCCAGUUGUGAGUCUGAGUAUCGGGCAAUGGCAAACGCUGCUGCUGAAUUGGUUUGGAUUACGCAUCUUUUAAGGGAACUCCAUGCGCUGACACCUGAUCGUCCUACAUUGCUAUGUGAUAAUAAGAGUGCUUUAUUCAUGACUCAAAAUCUAGUGUCCCAUAAGCGUGCUAAACACAUUGAUUUGGAUUAUCACUUUAUUCGUGAAUUGGUCAAUUCUGGUAAACUAUAUACCAAAUUUGUUCCAACCAAUCUACAGGUGGCUGAUAUUUUUACCAAGAGUCUUCCGCGCGCUCAGUUUGAAGUUUUUCGUGACAAGUUACGGCUUGGACCGCCACCAUUUCAAUUGAAGGGGAUACAGUUUUACCUUCUUACAUUUGGUCGGUCACUCUUUGAUAUAAAAAAAGGUGGAGUAAUGAAUGAACCAUAA